AUGCAUUCUUUAAAAUCCAUCAUUGUAGAGUUAAUUCAUAGCUGCAAGACCCUCAACUCGUUUAAGCAAAUUCAUGCUCAACUCAUCACUUCUACUCUGAUCUAUGACGAAACUAUAAGCAGCAAAGUUGCUGAAUUUUUGGGGAAAUCUGUCGGCUUUGUAGAUUACGCUCGUAAACUUCUAAUUCACCUGGAUUCAUUAAAUUCAUACCCUUUUAACAAUUUAAUUGCUUCUUAUGCUAAUUGUAAUAAGCCAGAAACUGCAAUUUUGUGUUAUAAAAGGUUUUUGCAAUGUGGGUUUUGUCCUGAUAUGUUUUCGUUUCCAGUUGUUUUGAAAUCUUGUGCUAAGUGUUGUGGGAUUGGUGAGGGGAAACAGAUUCAUGGGGUGGUGUUAAAGAUGGGUUUUGGGUGUGAUCUUUUUGUUCGAAAUUCGAUGAUUCAUUUUUAUGGUUCUUGUGGUAAAUGUGUUGAUGCUGGUAAAUUGUUUGAUGAAAUGGCUGUUAGGGAUGCUGUGUCGUGGUCGGGGUUGAUUUCGGGGUGUGUUAGAGCGGAAUUGUAUAAUGAGGCUAUACUGAGGUUCAAGGAAAUGGAUUUGAAGCCUAAUGUUGCUGCUGUUAUUAGUGUGGUUGUGGCCUGCGGGUUUGUUGGGAAUGUGGAUAUGGGGAAGGGUGUACAUGGUUUGAUUUUGAAGCGUGCGCUUGAAAAGGAUUCGGCAGUUUCUAAUGCGUUGUUGAAUAUGUAUGUUAAGUGUGAGUGUUUAGGUGAUGCAAGAUGGGUUUUUAGGGAGCUUGAUGAAAGAGACGCUGUUUCUUGGACGUCAAUGAUCAGUGGAUUGGUGAUGUAUAAAUGUUCUAAUGAGGCUUUGGAUUUGUUCGAUGACAUGCUGUUGUUAGGCGUGGAACCAGACAAGUUUAUUCUUACUAGCAUACUGUCAGCUUGUGCAAAUAUUGGAGCUUUGAGUUAUGGAAGAUGGAUCCAUGAUUAUAUUGAUCGUAAAAACAUCAUGUGGGAUGUUCAUAUUGGAACUUCUAUGAUUGAUAUGUAUUUCAAAUGUGGUUGUAUAGAAAUGGCUUUAAGAACCUUUGAUAAGCUGUCUAGCAGGAAUGUUUUGACAUGGAAUGCCUUGCUUGGCGGUCUAGCAAUGCAUGGAUAUGGGAGUGAUGUCCUUAAACAUUUUGAGCUCAUGAUGAAGGUCUUUGGCACUUCUAUCAAAUGGAAAAUUAUAAUAUCUCUCCUGGAUUAG